AUGGCUAACUUUGGAGACUUUCUUAAAAGUCAAUUUCCAUUAAUUGACGACGAACUGAAGAAAUAUGUCGAAGAUAUCCUGGACAAUAGUGCUGGCGAAUUUGAAGAUACUGAAGAAGUAUAUGAGGCUGUUGGUGAAGUGCUGCAAGGGAUAUCGGAGAAAUCUGAAAAUGAUAUAAGAGCCAUAUGUGAGGAGCUCUUACACAUGAUGCAGCCAGACAAGACACCGGCCAGUAACGGACCCAGAAAGGUUUUAGACGCACCCAUACACCUGGCCUCUAUGACGACAACUCUCACUGAAACUGAUGAUCUCAAAAGUAUAUGGCUCCAGACUAGAGAUGAUAGUUUGAAAGUAGAUGCUAAGAAAUUAGAAAAAGCCGAAGCAAAGUUACAACAGAAACAGCAGAAGCAGAAAGACGCGAAGGUGCCAGUGGCGGCGCCGGUGCUGCAGACGGCCACAGCAUCACAGGUGACGUCCAAAAAGGACAAUAAACUCGAAGCCAAGGGGACAAAUAGAACACAAGAUAUACGAAUAGAAAACUUUGACAUUGCGUAUGGUGAUAGAGUAUUAUUACAAGGAGCAGACUUAAUAUUAGCAUUUGGUAGACGGUACGGUUUGGUUGGACGGAAUGGUCUCGGCAAGACAACAUUACUUAGAAUGAUAUCCAGUAAGCAAUUGAAGAUACCCUCGCAUAUUUCUAUUCUCCAUGUUGAACAAGAAGUAGUGGGAGAUGAGACGUUAGCGUUGCAGAGUGUGUUAGAAUGUGAUACGGUGAGAGAGAAUCUCUUGAAACGAGAGAAGGAGAUUACAGCUGCUAUCAACAAUGGAUCAACAGAUCCUAACCUAUCAACAGAGCUAAGCGAGAUAUACGUGCAGUUAGAGAACAUCGAGGCUGACAAGGCGCCUGCGCGGGCGUCGGUGAUACUAAGCGGUCUGGGGUUCACGCCGCAGAUGCAGGCGCGGGCGACUAAAACCUUCUCCGGUGGAUGGAGGAUGAGGCUGGCUCUUGCCAGGGCUCUGUUCUCAAAACCGGAUCUGCUAUUACUCGACGAGCCGACGAACAUGUUGGACAUAAAAGCGAUCAUCUGGUUAGAGAAUUACUUGCAGAACUGGCCCACGACACUAUUAGUGGUGUCCCACGACCGAAACUUCCUCGACACAGUGCCUACAGAUAUAAUGCAUUUACACACACAAAGGAUAGAUACAUAUAGAGGUAAUUACGAGCAGUUCCACAAGACGAAGAGCGAGAAGCUGAAGAACCAGCAGCGCGAGUACGAAGCACAGCAACAACACCGUGCGCACACGCAGGAGUUCAUCGACCGCUUCAGAUACAACGCCAACCGCGCCUCCUCCGUGCAGAGCAAGAUCAAGAUGCUCGACAAACUACCUGAACUGAAACCAGUGGAGAAGGAAGUGGAUGUAGUGUUAAGAUUCCCCGAGACUGAACCUCUGUCGCCGCCCAUAUUGCAGUUAAACGAGGUCGGCUUCUACUAUUCCAAGGACAAAGUGAUAUUCACCAACGUUAACUUAGGAGCAACGCUAGAAUCUAGGAUAUGUAUUGUAGGUGACAACGGCGCGGGUAAAACGACGUUAUUAAAAAUAAUAAUGGGCAUAUUAUCGCCCACGAGCGGUAUAAGGAGCGUGCACAGAGGACUCAAGUUCGGUUACUUCUCGCAGCACCAUGUCGACCAGUUGGAGAUGAAUGUCAAUUCCGUGGAACUGUUACAAAAGAGUUAUCCAGGUAAAAGUAUAGAGGAGUACAGACGGCAGCUGGGCAGUUUCGGCGUGAGCGGAGACCUGGCGCUGCAGACCAUCGCGAGUCUCUCCGGAGGGCAGAAGUCUCGCGUGGCGUUCGCGCGCAUGUGCAUGGGCGCGCCCAACUUCCUCGUACUCGACGAGCCCACCAACCAUCUCGACAUAGAGACUAUAGAGGCGCUAGGGAAGGCCAUCAACAAGUACACCGGCGGCGUGAUCCUGGUGUCUCACGACGAGCGGCUGAUCCGCAUGGUGUGUCGCGAGCUGUGGGUGUGCGGCGGCGGCUCCGUGGCCAGCAUCGAGGGCGGCUUCGACGAGUACCGCAAGAUCGUCGAGCGGGAACUGGAGGCGCAGAACAAGUAGACCACUACCACACCACCGCCAUUCUCAAUAAACGAUUGCAAUCGCUUUUUUGAUCCAUCGCGGAAAUAGAUCAAUCAGAACAGUCUUUUUUGACAUGUUUAAGAAUGAUUUUCUUUGCUUGGUUUUUUCUUGAGAACGGAUCGAAGAUUAAGAUUGGGAUCGAGUGAAAACGGCGGAUAGCAAUCGUGUAAAAAGUAACCUAAAUUAUAGCCAUGUAAUAUA